UCAGUAAACAAAACAAAAUAUAACAAUAGCCUCCGGCUCCGGGAGCUCAGUCCAGUUAUCGAGCGGCGACGCUAACUGAACUGUCGUCAAAACCCAGGUAUCGAGCGGAAGCUGUAUCGCCAAUUUGGCUACACUCACACAAAAAUCAAUGAGCCACACUGCUUGGAACGAACAAGCAUCUUCUUGGUGUGAGUGGUUGUGAUCAUCUAUUCUUAGGUGAAAAUAGCGCCUGCUACAUCUGAUUGCAUUUUACACUUUGCUGUAAAAUUGGAAGAAAGGGAACAGCUCUUUCAACUCGUUUCUGGUUCUAGCGAGGGCUAUGAACAUUUUCAUUAAGUGUUUAUGUAAAGAAGAAAGAGAAAGUCGAUGGAAAGAUACAAAAUAGGAGCAAAACGGACGGGCCAGGUGUUGAACCCAGGACCUCCUGCAUACAAUUUAAAAGCGGUAGCCACAAGACCAUCAAGCCCGUCAUUGUGUUUUUCACAUUUCGGUUAACCUUGAAGAACUAUAACGGCAAAAGUCCGUAUUACGCUUCAGAAUAUUCGUAAUACAUUUUGAAAGAUGUACGUGCUUCUGGAUGCGUAAGCUACACAGUUACGAAAACAAGUCCUUAACCUUUCAGGGUUGAAUUCAGCAAGCCCUGGGUUUGAGCUUUCCAUAAUAAAUUACUUUACUGUUAAUCAAUGGAUCGUUGUUGGGAUUCAACUUGCCGUUUACCAAACUAUUAAAAGUACUGCACACGCCAACGCAUAAUUCGCCCCUUACAUCUAUGCACAUGUGACGGUCUGUACAGUGUGCUGCGACACUAUCUUAUACAUACGCGUCUUGCAUGCUGUCGACGACUGCAAAAGAUAAGCCGAUCAGCUGUGAUCCGCACGCGUAGAUAUAAAUUGGACGCCGACACCGAUCGGCAUCUUCAGUAUACCCUAAUCCAAGUUAGUUCCAAAAUGUUCAAGUUGUUUCUAUUUGUUGUCCUAGUGCCAGCCUUGGUCCUGGCCAACGUGAACUUCCGUCCUUGUCCAAACAGGGCUCCAACGCCAUCCCGAUUGAGGGUGAAUGACUGCUUCGGUGACAAAUGUGUCCUGGUUGCCCGAAAACCUCUGAAUGCUCAGGCCAGUGGAAUUACUAGCCGCUAUGACAGCGCGACGGCCACCACCCGAAUCAUUGCUCGAUUUCUUGGCAAGGACGUCGGUUACAGAAUUCGACCGGAGUUGUCCAAUGCAUGCAAUGGAGGAAUCGAAGGUGGCUGUCCGGUUGUUGCUGGGAAUACGUAUGAUUUCGUUCUGAUUGAUGAGGUGCUGGAGGUUCCGGCGAUUAACAUACCAGUCGAAAUCGAAGUCAGUGUAACCGGAGAUGGUGGUGUGGUGUUGGGCUGUGUUAGGUUCAAUGCCAGAAUUGCGAGAGGUUGAUGACUCUAAUCUUCAUCUGUAACGCACAUGAACAACAGUAACACCAUAAUACCCUUAGUAAAAUAAUGUGAAAAUGAAAAUUGUUUGAAUAAUUAAUGCUUAAAUUCAUCAAAUGUACGUAAAUGUAUAGUUUUAUUGAUGAUGACACGAAAAAGCACCGGUGCAGGACUUG